ACGUUGCCUUUGCUGUGCCAGGUGCGCUUUUGAUCUCUGCGUCUCGGUGAGCAGCACAGUCGUAUACCACCGGCUGGCGGCCAGCAGGAUGCCUCGCGACGCCUGGGAUGAGGAGGGAUCUGACGAGGAGCAGCAGGAGGACCGCAGGAAGGGCCAAGCCACCAAGGACCGCCCAGACAAGACCAACAAACCCGUCACCAAUGGCACAGCUACCGGCGAGAGUAGUGGCGUCAAGAUCCUUGCACGCGAGAGCAAGGGCAAGGGCGGCGGGGACGGCGGAGGACCUGUGUUGGGAUUGUCGUUGGGCGACGGCUCGGCGGCUAGUGCGGCUAGCUCUUGUGCAGCAGAGAUGGAGGAGGUCAUGAAGGACAACAGUAGGGAUGAGUCGGGUGGCGGUAGCGGCGGUGGCAAGGUGCCCUUCAAGAUACUCAUGAGGCCCUCCGCAGCACAGGAAAAGGCCAGGUAUGCAAGCCACUCGUACCUUGCCGGCUCUUUGUCUUGCUCCUUCUCAUGUCUGUUGCUUGCUCUCUCUCUCUCUCUCUCUCUGUGGUUGGUGUGUCUUGUCUCGUGUGUCGAUCAGCCCUGCGCCUCCCCCUCCGCCCGUUCACGCGCCAGACAGCCCCCCGGCCAUCCCCAAACACCCACACGCGCCGGCCACCUCCGUGCGGUCCCACUCAGGAUCCCCACACCCGCACUCUUCGCCCGCUUCUAGCCGAUUCCCGACAGCCAGUGACGAUGAAAAGACCAGCCUGAGGCCCGACAACCAACAGCAACAGCAACAGCCGGGGCAGCAAGGCCAGCAGCAGGGGCAGCAGCAGCCGCCGAAGAUAACGUUGCUCAAGCGAGGGCGCAACGCGCCGAGAGGGCCUCCUGUGGCGAUGGUGGCUGCACCUACUGGCGGUGGCGGCGGUGGCGGCGGCGACGCGAGUGACGGUGGGGGGGAUGGCGACGUGGUGGGGGAGAUCAAUGAGGCUGGGAGCGGUAGUGGUAGUGCGAGUGACGUCGGGGGUGGUCAGGGGGCGCCUCCCGGCGUGGCGUUUGGGGUGCUGCAGGGGCCGGUCAAGACCAUCGAGGAGAGGGAGGAGGCAUACAAGGCCGCACGCAUGCGGAUCUUCGGCAAGGCAGACCCCGACAAGGACGAGGGCAAGGACAAAGACAAGGACGCCAGUGCCACUUCCAAUGCCGCUGGUAGUGCGGCUGACUCGUCGGCCGCCAGCACUAGUCAGCCCAAGCUCAACGGCGACAGGAAGAAGCUGGCCCAGCCACCGUCGGAUCUCUUGACGAGCAAGGCCCCUUCCGACAACGAGGCGGUGGCCAAAGAUCCCGACUACGAUCGCAGCUCCGUCAGGGCGAAGGGCCCCAAUUGGCACCGGGGGUGGGUGCCCCCGCCGCCAGCGGCGCAGCUCACAGCGGUGGGGGUGGGUGGGGGGGUGGUGGCUCUUGGGGCGGUGGGCAUGGUCAGGCCCCCGCCCUUCUUCGACGAGACCAUCCCUGGCCCCAUGGCCGGACCAGGUCAGUGAGUGAGUCAGAGCGACACGAAGCGACACGACCACGUGGUACUCUCUCUGCAUGUGUGUGUCGUGAAUGUGUGACAGAUGGUGGGCAGGAGUUGCUGCGCCAGCUGGCGGCCAGCCCUCCCUCAUCGCACCACGACAUGCCGUCGUCGGUGCAGAAUGGCAGCCCCAUGUACCCCGCACACCAGCCCAACGUGCCGCCCGGCGCGCUUAUCGCCGUCAGCAAUGCCAUCGCCCAGCAGCAACAGCGACACCGUAAGCAAGCCCGACAAACAAACAGCAGCACCAUCUAUGUGUCUCUCUCUGUCUGUGUGGGUGUGGGUGUCAGCAUUUGCAGCCAUUCCGCCCGCGCCAUCGCCCUUCGCCAAGAGGCCGCCCCCGGCGCCUUCGCGGCCGGAGAUGGAGGGGGUCGGCCUUGCCCCUUACGGCGGGCCGCAUGACGCCUUCUUGCCCAUCCAGCCAUACACGCCGAAUAUCCCACAGAACAUCCCUCUCGCUGACGCCCCACACCCCGGUCAGUCGGACAGUCCAGGGGGUGCGGUGCAGAGGGUGCGCUGGCUAGCAUGUGUGUGGUGGUCGGGUCGUCACUCUCUCUCUCUCUCUCUCUCUUGUGUGUGUGUGUGUGUUGUCCGUUUCACGUUGUGCGCAGGUACAACUUCGCCCCUCGGUGCGGCUAUCAUGGUCCCGCAGCAGCAGCAGCAGCAGCAGCAGGGGCCGUUUCGGCCAGUGGCGACUUCGUCUAGUGUGUCGCCCGAUCCUCACCACCACCCCUCACGCACCAGCAUAUUCGGCCCGGUGCCGGGCUCCUUCGCAGCCGGCGAUCUCGUCUCGUCGGCUCAGCCCAGCCCCCCUCCCCUGUACCAACCCCCGCCACCACCACCACCCGCACACCACCAGCAGCAGCAGCAGCAGGCUUCUGGCAGCCUGCUGGGCCCCUACCCUGGUAAUGUGAACCAGCAGCAGCAGCGGAUGGACUCGCCACAUCGAUGGCAGGGUGCCGGUCGGUGGCCCAGCUCGGCUUCCGGAGGCGCGGCACAUCGGUCGAGCUCGUUGACUGAGUGGCGAUCUCACGCGGACGAGGCGGGUGUGACUGGGGGACCAACAGUUCCGGCACCAGCACCAGCAGCAACGCCAGGGGCACCGCCCCCGCCCCCUGCACACGCCCAUGUUCCUGUGCCUGCUGGGCAGCCGCCUCCCCCGAGGAUGCCCCAUUCCCUGUCUCCCUCUAUCAGGGUCGCGCAGCCUGGUGUCAUCUCGGUGGACCAAGAGACGCAGACACGCUCGGCACGACAACAAACCCAGCAGCAGCAGCAGAUCGAGGCUGCCUCGCCGGUUCCGGCCGUCAAGGAUGCUUCGCCAUUUUCCCCCUCCCCUGCACCCUCACCCUCACCCUCACCCUCACCCUUGCCAUCGGCAGGGCCACUGCUCACCAUCGAUGCGCUCUCCCCAACAAGACAGCAUCGGCAGGAGGAGGCAAAAGCAGUAACCAGUGACUUCCAGCAGCAGCAACAAGAUCACAAUGGCCCACCUCAACAACCGGCGCCACGCGAAGCUGAGCCGGUGCCACAGGCCAACAGCGCGGCUCGUGGCACACAGGAGGAGAGCCGGCCGUCUCAGGCGGCCGGCAGAGGUCGCGGCGCGGGGAGGGGCCGGGGGAGGGCUGGGAGUGGGAGUGGUGGUGCAUCUGGUGUGUGGGUGGCCGCCAAGAGAGGGGGUGGCUCGGGGCCUCACACCGGCGACGGUGAGCCGAGGGGCGAGGAGGGGAUAGAGGAGACAAAGGACAAGACGCAGCAGGAGGGCGACACUAACAGGUCAGUGAGUGGGUGGGUGAGUGGAGUGGAGCCAUCACAUCCAUCGAGGCGGCGGUGGCUCACGUCUGUCUGUUUGUCUCUCUGUGGUGUGGUGUGGUGUGCUGUUGUUGUUGGUGUGCAGAGGGGUUGACGACAAGCCGGAGCGGCCGCCCCCUGCCACCACCAGCAGCGAUGAGAGUCCCGAAUAUGACCGUGACCCAUCGCGGUUCAAGCCCUCCUAUGACGAGGCCUUCCCGCCGCUCGGCAAGAAGUGAGUGACGGACUCACUCACUGAUUGGUUGACCGAUUCGAUCCACCGAUCGCGCACACUCUUAUCUAUUUUGUUGCGCCUGUUUGGCGCGAGCGGAUGCCCACGUCGUUGCGGUGGGCUGUGGGGGUAGUAAAGGUCGGUCGGUCGGUCUGUCUGUCUCGUGUGUGGAGACCCAUUGCCGUCACGUCAGAGACAGAGAGACAGAGAGAGAGAGAUGGUAUGGUAUGGUGGCCGUGGGAGGCCAUGGCGUUGCUUCUUGUUUCUGCUAGCCGGCUGCCGGACAGACAGACAAACAAACAGACAUUGGUAUACGUAGCUGGUGGUGAGUGCCAAGCCAAUGGACGGACAGUAGAUGGAUGGACACUCCGUGCUCUGCUCUGCAUGGGAUGUGUGGUCCAUCCUUCUCUUGUCUCAGAUGAGUGUGCAGACCGACAGACAGACAGACCGACCGACCGAUCGAGAGGAGACCAAGCUAUUGAGGCGUACCUUACCCUACCUACGCCCCCGGAGUUUUCCAGUGUCCGUGUGCAU